AAGAUGUGUAAACAAGCAGGCUUUGAAGGUUUUUACAGCAAUCACUCACUCAGAGCCACAUGCGCCACUCGACUCUUUCAGUCAGGCAUUGAUGAACAACUAAUCGCCAGAACAACGGGACAUCGGAGCACCGCUGUGAGAGAGUACAAGCGAGUUAGUACAGCUCAGGAGAAAGAACUGAGCAACGUGAUCCAAGGUGGCGGUGAACUCCCUGAAAGACGACGAACUGCUGACUCCAGUGUCGACGUAGCUACAACUACCACGCCCGCAGUCUCGCAAAGUGUGACGGACGAUCGCGUCGCGAUUUCAGUGUCUGUUGUCAUUAAAAAGUAAU